UUCGUGCCUUUGGCCCUCCGGCUUCUGUCUUGCGCUCGUCUCGCACCAGCUCUCUUCGCCGUCAUCGAUCAUCUCGAGCCCACCUCGACUUGCUCCGUUCUUUCUGUGUCUGUCCAUCAGCCGGUUGUCAAGUCUCCGCUUUUGACCCCUCCUCCUCGUUGACCCCCCGUUGAUCCCCCGUUGAUCCCCCGUUGAUCCCCCGUUGGCAGCUCCCGUCUUUCCCCUGGCUUGCCUCUUGUCAUGUUUGGCUUUCCAGAGGCCCCGGAGCUCGGCCAGAAGCGAGCCUUCGACCAAUAUCAGCACCAGAGCAAGCCCCUGUGGAAGGCCGUCCGCGAAGGCAACUUUGAUGAAUUUUGCACGCACGCAGGCAUCACCCCGGAGCAACAAACCAGCCAGCAGCUCCGCCAGGAGAUUCAAGGCACUGGAGUCGAAGGCGAAACUCUGCUCCAUGCCGCUAUUCUUCAUUGCCAAGACGACUCCGAGGACUUGGGGUGGCACAAGAUUGCCACGGCAUUGAUCUGCAACGACGAAGGGCUCGUCAAUCGAAGCUACGCCAAUGAGCGGUACAAGGGCGAGACACCGCUUCAUCUUGCUGCUGCCAAGAACCGGUUCCACAUGUUCGAGCUGCUUGUGGCGAAUGGUGCCAUCCUCAAGUGCUGCUUUGAGAAACAGCAUGAGCAAUCUUGCAAGUGUGGUGCCCUCAAGGACGAAGUCUUUGCUAUCACAUCCGAUCAAAUGCAUGUCCCCAAUGUUAAAGCUACGGCCGCCGGUAACGAAGCCGCCGAGGUGUGUGUCCUCAACGGGCAUGCCUUCCGUCCUGACGAAAGCGGCGGCUUCAUGUACUAUGGCAAGUCGGCGUUAGCUUUUGCAGCUGUCGCGGGAUCAAUCGAUAUCCUGAAGAAGCUGUUGAACAUGGCGUUAACAAACAAGGCGGUAUCUCCCUCGUGCCGAAUCGAGGGCGAUGGUAAUACUGUGCUGCAUAUUCUCGCCUACUGGGGCCUGUUCAGCCCGAAAAACGGCAACGAGAGCAGCUGGGACAUCAUUGUCGAUUACUGCGACACACACUAUGGCCGCGACUCCGAAUAUCAUCCGUUCAACAUCCGAAACAAAGACGGGAUGACGCCGUUCCUUGUCGGAAUACAUCGAGGGCACGUUGGCAUCCUGGACACUCUCAAGGUUCCACUAUGGGAGUUUGGAAUCUCCAGGUCCUACAUGUUCCGCGUUGACGAAAUCGACACAUGGAGAGAUAAGGAGUUUACUUCAUCGGAUUAUCUCGAAAACCAGAUCGCUCUGAUGAACGACAAAGUCUCCAAGGGUCCGGGAAAAACCUUUUCGGGAAGUGCCGCAAUGACGAACACUCCAAGUAGCCAGUACGAUCACCAGGCUGUUCCUGCCAGGUCGCCUGAUGCCUCAGAUAAUCCCGAUGCAUCUGAAAGAGUGUACUUUCACCUCGGUGUCAAGUUUUCUCCGACCAUCCAUCACAAGUCCGCCAUCCAAAUGGCCAUCGAUGGCGGAUUCUCGGACAUCUUGGUCCAUCCAAUUAUCCACUCGGUCUUGCGAGUCAAGUGGGAGACCCAUGUUCGACGGACAUUCGUCUUCGAUACCGUCAUUCACAUAGUCUUUAUCAUCUCCUUCUCGGCGGCAUUUUUGUUGUUGCCAUCCCACUAUGCUGAGUGGCCCAACUACCUGACAACCACGGGCGAUCCUGGGAAGACCGCUCGUGAGUACGCCCGAGCGUUCUUGGAGGCUGUGACAAUCAUACUGGUGGGAUUUAUGUUCCUUCGCGAGGUCGCCUGCACCACCACUAUGAUCCAGUGGCCCAGCUACAAAAAUGGCUCCAACACCAAAAAUGGCGCCGCCGCUCAGCCGAAAGCCAUCUGGGAGAGAGUCACAUCUAUUAUGCAACCCCGGCGACUGCGACCCCGACGGCCCCGACAACCCCGACGAACGCUCAUCAUCUCCAGGGUCCUGAUAUGGUACUACACCUUCACGACAUGGACCUUGGUUUUCUUGACGACAGCAGUCGUCUUGAUCAGGCACAACGUCUUCACCUUCCCAGACCUUUCAACCCAGUACCACGUCGAGAGCAUCCUGAUUGGGUUCCUUGCCUUGGUCGGAUGGCUCCGCUCCCUCUACUAUGCGAUCGGGUUCGCCAACCUGGGUACACUGGUGGUUGCCGCGUGGAACUGCAUCACCAAAGACCUGGUCAGCUGGUCGAUUAUCUACGGCAUUGCCUUUUUCUCGAGUGCUCAAAUCUUUAGUCUCCAGAUGAGAAACUCUGCGGGAAACAAUAAUCCCAACGCAACACACUGGACAAGCGCAUCCAUCGCUCUUCUGUCGCAAUUCGGGUUCCUCUUUGGACAGGGACAGCCCCUCGACGACUUUUCCAAUGCCGAUGAUACCACCAUGACCUUGAUAUUCUAUCUCGUCUACCAAAUUAUCACUGCCAUCUUGCUGCUGAAUCUCUUUAUCGCCAUGCUUAACAAAACUUUUAUGGAAAUCUACGAGCGUUCUGAAACCGCGUGGCACUAUCAAUGGACUGUGCUCGUCACCCACAUCGAUUCCAGAGUCCCUUCCUACGAUAUCAAUCGCCGGAUGAAGUUCUCGUCCAGCCUGAUUCCCUUCCUCUGGCCUUCAAUUAUUGUCAUGAGGCUAUGCGCCCUGACUCCCAAACUGUCCAUGGGCGUUCCGAUGCCGUUGAAGCACACCAGAUCUGUUGUCGUCAGCUCGAUCACACCCAGCCCGAUAGCAUCCAGAUCGACAACACACACCUCCGCGACAACCGGUUCGACGAUGCCCAAUUCGGUUGCCGAGCAAACCACCGAAAACGACCGAGGAUCAUCGAACCGGACGCUGUCGGCCCACUUCAAGCCACAGGAGACGAGUGCCACUCGACACAAGAGUGACGAACUGGUGACAGCCAACUUUUUGAUUAUCCGCGAGCGCCAGUCUCGCCAGAGCAGAAACAGCGAUCAUGUUGUGUACGAUCCGGUCAAGCUCUUCACUGGAUACCGAGAGUAUCGAAUCCAUGGAUUUCACAGAACCAAGAUCUGGCACCGCUGGGAGGAGAGCGAGGAAGGCACCGAUGAAAGUGAUGGACUUCAGCAACAGCAGCCGGCAGUUGCAACAGGCCCACCGCAACAGCCUACCAACAGCCAUUCGAAUGGACCAAAAGAUUGGUCUAUCAAUGUCGAGCCCAGCUCAAAUGGCCAGGGGCAGUCUAGUUCUAGCUUUGGAGGGAGCGCAAUCGGCCCUCGCAGCCUUCCCAGAAACGAAACACCAGCACAGCCAUCAGACACGGGUGAGGCCUUUGCAAAUCGCACCGGCUGGAGUGUGCUCCACCGUAUGUGGCCUAGUUCGAGAUCCAAGAGCUCUAGUGAUUCCGCCCCGGAGGAUAGAUUGCUAUCAAAGCUCCAAGUGGAAUGAGGGAUAAUGUGUUACAGUAUAUCCAGAGAGGAACGGGACAGUCACUUUCUGGCUUCUGAAGCCCGCUGACUGACUUGUAGGCCCAGUGGGCAGGCCAUGCGAUUGCACUCCUGUCUUCGUUGGCAAUCUCUUUGUUUUGGGUGGGUCCGGAAGCACAGUCUUGAAUACACCCGGUCGAUCUCCUGUGGCAA